GCUCAAUUACAUCACAAGUCCAACCCCUCAGUCCAAAAAGCAAUAAAGAAAGCAACCACCGCCUACUUUCCACAUUAUCUUUUUUUUAUCAACAAACUUUCCUCUUCCUCUCAUCAGAUCUGUCGGUGCUGUUGAUGUGCUGCCGACGCAACCUCUCUAAACUCUAAUAAACGCUUCCAAGUAAAAAACCACUCCAUAAAUAUGAGCAUGUACGGCAGAGAUCCCUGGGGAGGCCCGCUGGAGAUAAACACGGCUGACUCCGCCACGGACGAUGAUAGGAGCAGGAAUCUACAGGACCUGGACAGGGCUGCGCUCUCUCGGCCUUUGGAUGAGACCCAGCAGAGCUGGCUGCUUGGCCCCGGCGAGCAAAAGAAGAAGAAGUACGUUGAUCUGGGAUGCAUCAUUGUCAGCCGGAAGAUCUUUGUGUGGACGGUGGGGACCCUCCUACUCUCAGGCUUCCUUGCCGGAUUCAUCACGCUAAUCGUAAAGACGGUUCCACGUCAUCACCACGCAAAACCUCCGCCCGAUAACUACACUCUCGCUCUUCACAAGGCGCUAAUGUUCUUCAAUGCUCAGCGUUCUGGGAAGCUGCCCAAGCAUAAUAACGUGUCGUGGAGAGGGAACUCGUGCCUUCAAGAUGGCAAAUCCGAUCCCUCCACUUUGAUGAAGAAUCUGGUCGGUGGUUACUACGACGCUGGUGAUGCUAUCAAGUUCAACUUUCCUGCAUCUUUUGCCAUGACCAUGUUGAGCUGGAGCGUCAUUGAGUACAGUGCUAAAUACGAGGUUGCUGGGGAGCUCAAUCAUAUUAAAGAGAUCAUCAAAUGGGGUACUGAUUAUCUUCUCAAGACCUUCAACAAUUCUGCUGAUACCAUAGACAGGAUUGCAGCGCAGGUUGGGAUUGGAGAUACUUCUGGAGGCAGUACUACCCCAAAUGAUCACUAUUGCUGGAUGCGUCCUGAGGACAUUGAUUACCCACGUCCUGUCUUCGAAUGUCACAGUUGCUCCGAUCUUGCGGCUGAAAUGGCUGCUGCUCUGGCUUCUGCUUCCAUCGUUUUCAAAGACAACAAGGCAUACUCCCAAAAGCUUGUACACGGCGCCCGGACCCUCUUCAAGUUUGCUAGGGAUCAAAGAGGCAGAUACAGUGCUGGUGGUUCCGACCCUGCCCUAUUCUAUAACUCCUCCAGUUACUGGGAUGAGUUUGUUUGGGGUGGAGCCUGGUUAUACUAUGCCACUGGGAAUUCUUCCUACCUUCAGUUAGCAACUAAUCCCAAACUUGCCAAGCAUGCUGGUGCAUUCUGGGGAGGCCCAGAUUAUGGUGUUCUUAGCUGGGAUAACAAGCUUGCUGGUGCUCAGGUGCUUCUGAGCCGGUUGAGAUUGUUUUUGAGUCCUGGGUAUCCAUACGAGGAAAUAUUGAGAACGUUUCACAAUCAAACAAGCAUAGUAAUGUGCUCAUUCCUUCCAAUAUUCACUAGCUUUAAUAGAACAAAAGGAGGUUUGAUUGAGUUAAACCAUGGAAGGCCUCAGCCUCUGCAAUAUGUUGUCAAUGCAGCCUUCUUAGCCGCCCUAUACAGUGAUUAUCUUGAUGCUGCUGAUACACCUGGAUGGUAUUGUGGUCCCAAUUUCUAUUCAACUGAUGUCUUGCGUGAAUUUGCCAAAACACAGAUUGAUUACAUCCUUGGGAAAAAUCCUCGGAAAAUGAGCUAUAUUGUGGGUUUUGGUAAUCAUUACCCAAAACAUGUUCACCAUAGGGGUGCAUCUAUCCCUAAGAAUAAGAUCAAAUAUAACUGUAAAGGUGGAAGGAAAUGGAGGGAUACAUCAAAACCAAACCCACAUACACUAGUGGGAGCAAUGGUUGCUGGACCUGACAAGCAUGAUGGAUUUCAUGACGUUCGCACUAACUACAACUACACAGAGCCAACACUUGCAGGCAACGCGGGUUUGGUUGCUGCACUUGUGGCAUUGUCUGGUGAUAAGUCAACUGGGAUUGACAAGAAUACCAUUUUUUCUGCAGUUCCACCAAUGUUUCCCAUACCGCCACCACCUCCAGCACCUUGGAAGCCAUAAAAAUGUUUUUGAUCUUUCUUCUGUUUCCACCUUGUUGUGUGACUUACGGUCUGAUGAUUUUGAAAGUAGUUUCUUGGUACCAUAAUGACCUUGAAAGUAAAAGUAAUUCCAAGGGCAAGAAAGAUUAGAGCAAUGGAACAACCUGCAAGGAACUUAUGGUGGACUGCCUAUCAGAUUGGAAAAUUGAACUAGCAUUCAGAAUAAAUUAAUUUGAGUACGAAGUUAAUUUGGAUUUCGUUGUAUAAAUAGUGUAUAUGUAUGAUAUUAAUAUUGUAUUCUUCGAAACACGACUUUAAACACUUUAGAAUUGGGUAACAAUAAAUUUGCGUCUAACGUCUAAUUGUUGCAGUUUUGGCGGGUAAAAAUCCUGCCUUAACUGUUCCCAUUUGUACGGCUUUUCACUAAGCAUUUCACACCAACUAGGCUGGGGGAGUCCUUGAAUCGAAAGUGUAUGUGGUUUCUUU